AUGGACCAACCGCUCGCGCUGCGCUGCGGUAGAACGCUCAACAAUAGAUUGUGCAAGGUCGCGACGUCGGAGCACCUCGGCGACGCGCGCACCAACGACGCGACGCCAUUACUCACGGCGCUCUACGGCCGGUGGGCAGCGGGCGGCUGGGGUUUAGUCAUCACGGGCAACGUCAUGGUCGACCGGCGGGCCCUGGAGGCGCCGCGGAACGUCGUCUUCGAUGGAGCGACAGAUACGAAACAAGUCUCGCACUGGGCGCGCGCGGCCAAGAGCGGCGGCGCCCUCGUACUCGUGCAGCUGUCGCACCCGGGGCGCCAGUCGCCCAUCGCCGCGAGCUGGCGCCGGCCCCGGUCCUGCUCUGCCCGGAGUUUUCGGCUCGGGGGCGUCGGGCCCCAAUUGCACCGGACGCCUGUGACGAUGACGACGCAAGAGGUCGACGACCUGAUCAAGGCCUUCGGGCGGGCCGCGCGCAUCGCCGUGCGAAGCGGCUUCGACGGCGUCCAGGUCCACGCGGCGCACGGGUACUUGUUAUCGCAGUUUCUAGGGGCGUCGAACGACCGAGACGAUGCGUAUGGGAGCCGCACGAGAGUGUUGGUGGACGUGUGUCGAGCCUGCCGACAAGCGAUCGGUCCCAACCAGAUACUGAGCGUCAAGGUCAACGCCUCGGACUUCGACGGCGCUCAUGACGACGCGGCGCGCCUGCGCACGGUCCUCGAAAUCCUGGACGACGACCCCUUGGUGCGUCUGGACCUCGCGGAAGUGUCGGGAGGUACCUAUGAGGCUGGUGUGGCUUGUCUGGGGGCAUCGGCCGAUUUCCCCGGCACGGGCCCCGGUCUCAAGUUCGCGCCGCACGUCUCCGAGCUGCGGCGCUCGACGUCGCUGAAGGCGGCCUUGAUGCUCGCCGGCGGCGUCUCCGAUCGAGCUUCCGCGUCGGAGGCGUUGCAGGUGGCCGACGUCGCCGGCGUCGCGCGCGCCGCGUGCGUGGACCCGGCCUGUGCUUCGAAGUGGCUCCAUGAUCAAAAAGCGGUGAUACUCAAACCUCCAAAAUUCGGCGAGAUGCCGUCGUGGCUCGGCGGCCGGAGGGUGUGGGUCCCGGGCCUGAACUACGGCUGGCACCAGCGGCAGCUCCAGCGGCUCGCGCAGGGCCGGGACGCGAUCCUACUGUCGCACUGGCCAUUUCUGCUCGUGGACCUGCCACGCGCUUUACUGUUCGAGCCGUCGCGCUGGCCGCCGUGGCGCGCGCCGGCGGUUGUGGCGGCGCUGUACGUUGUGUGUAAGAUUUGUUCCUAG